AUGGCUUCAUCAAAUGGCGGCGUACCACCUGGUUUCCGGUUUCACCCCACGGAUGAAGAGCUUCUGCACUACUACCUCAGGAAGAAGGUCUCCUUCCAGAAGUUCGACAUGGAAGUCGUUAGAGAGGUGGAUUUGAACAAGAUUGAGCCCUGGGAGUUGCAAGAAAGAUGCAAGAUUGGGUCCACCCCCCAAAAUGAGUGGUACUUUUUCAGCCACAAGGACCGGAAGUACCCGACAGGUUCAAGGACAAAUAGAGCCACCAAUGCCGGUUUCUGGAAGGCCACAGGGAGGGACAAAUGCAUAAGGAACAGCUUCCAGAAGAUUGGAAUGAGAAAAACCCUAGUUUUCUACCGAGGCAGAGCCCCUCAUGGCCAAAAGACCGACUGGAUCAUGCAUGAGUACCGACUGGAAGACGGUGAUGAUCCCGAAGCCAAUCCCAACGAGGAUGGAUGGGUUGUUUGUCGGGUUUUCAAGAAGAAGAAUUUAUUCAAAGUUGGAAAUGAAGGAGGAGGGACCGGUGGCGGCAGUGGCGCGGCUGCCUCAGACCAUCUCAAUGCUACUGCUUCCACCAAUAUUAAUCAACCUCGUGGCUUCAUGCAAAGGGAGAAUCAGUACUUGUUUCACCAGCAACACCACCCCCAUGUCCUAGCUGGCUAUUCUCACAUGAUCCCACUGCCCUCCAUGCCUCAUCAGCAGCAAUACUCGGCCCAACAGAUUCAAGCACAGAACUUCAUACCCACGCAUAAGCCCCAGUUGGACGCCGUGGGAUAUGAUCUCUCAGCUUUCUCUUCGGCCGCUUCAGAGUCAAUAGUAGUACCCAUGAUGCAGGUCAAGCAACUCAUGGCAAAUGCUAGGGACUGUGACAGCGGAGAAAGCGACCAGAAUAACACCAGUCUUCGCACUUACCAGCAAGCAUGUGAAUCCGGUUUGGAGGUGGGAACCAAUUCUUGUGAACCUUCUCAGCAUCAAAGUAUGAUUACUACCGGAGACGAUCAGAAUCUGAACGAAUGGGGAAUGAUUGAUCCUCAACUUGGACAUGCACAUGACUCCUCCAAAGGUGCAAGGUUUGAGGUUGGGGAACCUAAUAAUCCAUCUAAUUCAAUGAAUCACGUUAGUCAACUCUCACUGCGUGGUGAGAUGGAUUUUUGGGGUUACGGCAAGUAG